AUGAAGACCUUUUUCGUUUUACUUCUUCUUCUCCUUUGUGUUUUAUCGAUCAACGCUGACCAACAAGAAGAGAACCAACCAAUAUCUCAUAAGCUUCUCCACAAAGUCCAACUAUGGAGAACUUCUUUAAAAGAAUCAAGCGCUCAAGAACUAAAGCUAUCUUCAGCAAUCAUUGUCGCUGGCGUCUUAUGCUUCAUGGCUGCCUUAAUCUCCAGCGCAGGUGGAAUCGGAGGCGGAGGUCUGUUCAUUCCAAUCAUGACUAUAGUCGCGGGGUUUGAUUUGAAAACAGCUUCAAGCUUCUCUGCUUUCAUGGUCACCGGUGGUUCUAUUGCCAACGUGAUCAGCAAUCUCUUCGGUGGUAAAGCAUUGCUUGACUACGAUUUAGCCUUGCUUCUUGAGCCUUGUAUGCUUCUUGGUGUGAGUAUUGGUGUUAUCUGCAACAGAGUUUUGCCUGAGUGGCUCAUCACUGUUCUUUUCGCGGUGUUCCUCGCUUGGUCUAGCUUGAAGACUUGUAGAAACGGAGUCAAGUAUUGGAAAAUGUUGGGGAUGGAUUUAACCCAUCCACAAAGCCCAUCGAACAAAGGGCCCAGUCCAGCAAACCGAGUCGACAUCGGCGCAGAAGCCGAUUCUCGAGAGAUCGACUCGACAGGGAGCGCUGAUAGUCGAAGCAGAGAGCAAGCGGAGCGAGGUUGA